AUGGUGAAUAUCGGCGAUACUCUGAUCUGGUUUCGAAUAUUACUUAUCUUACCAUUUACGUCAAUUCUAACAUUCAUUUUGACUUUAAUUAUAUGUAGUCAAAUACCAAACAAUAUUGAACCAGACCAAAACUUACCGCAAAUAUCUGAACUUGGAACUGGUCAAGCGCAUAACUAUUUCAUGUCUGGUUUUAUCGUUUUGAUUCCACAAAUGUUAAUCAUGUUUAUUGGUAGACUUCAAUUUUUAAUUCAAUCUCAAACAAUUAUUCAUCGCGCUAUCAUAUAUUGUAUUCAUGUUAUUGCAAUCGUGUCUGGUAUAUUUGUUCUAAUUAUGGCCAUUGUAAGUCUCGAUGAUCGUCCGCACAUUCAUGAUAUUGGUGCAAUUGGUACAUUUGGUUCCAUUUCAAUCUAUUGUAUUCUUCAUACGAUACUUAUAAUUUAUCUUUUUAUUCAUCGUUCAAAGGCUGCUAAACAUGCGAAUAUCAUAUUUCCAUUGUGGUUUCUCGGAUGUACGAUCAUUGUAAUUACGUGUUCUAUUAUUUGGGUGAUUACAUUUGCAAGUAUUCCUGAAUAUAUUGCUGCUGGGACACCGUUUCUCUAUUUUCUUGCUUUUGCACCACAAUUUUGGACAAAAGCGAAACAACUUCAACACGUUGCGAAUCUCAAUUUUGCAGGACACUAUUCAAAUCGAACAGAAACUAAAAGCGAAUAUGAAAUGUCAUAA